ACGACAUAUCCAGCCUCAACACAUCCUCUGAUUAAUUUUUUACAUCAAGAUGCCUAAGAUUGCACAAAUUGAAUACUUUCGAGUGCCUCCAAGAUGGCUCUUCGUCAAAAUCACGGAUGAAGCGGGGAAUGUUGGGUGGGGUGAGGCGUCGCUGGAAGGGCAUACUCAAGCCGUGGAAGGAUGUUUAGAUGCUUAUAUCGAUCGAUUUACAGGUUUAGAAGCCAAUGAUAUCGAACAGAUAUGGCAGAUUGGGUGGCGGGGUGGAUUCUACCGAGGCGGACCGGUUCUCAUGAGUGCGCUCGCUGGAAUCGACAUUGCACUAUGGGAUCUGAAAGCCCGAAGACUUGGUGUACCUAUCUAUGAGCUGUUAGGAGGGAAAGUACGAGACAAGAUCAAGGUCUAUGCAUGGAUUGGCGGGGAUCGACCAUCAGAUGUCGCGAAUCAAGCACAAGCACGAAAAGACCAGGGAUUUACGGCUAUCAAAAUGAAUGGGACUGAAGAUCUUGGAUGGCUCGACUCUCCAGCUGCUCUCGACGAUUGUGUUGAGCGACUCAAGGCAGUCAAAGCCAUUGGCAUGGACGCAGGAAUCGAUUUUCACGGUCGUGUUCACAAGCCAAUGGCCAAACAGCUUGCCAAAGCUCUUGAACCAUACCGCCCUAUGUUUAUCGAAGAACCUUUGCUUUCCGAACAUAUCAACGGAAUCAAGGGCCUGUCUCGCUUAGUGGGCACACCAAUUGCACUCGGGGAGCGAUUACAUUCACGAUGGGAUGUCCGCCCAUUUCUCGAGGCAGGUGCAGUCGACAUUUUACAGCCUGAUAUCAGUCAUUGUGGAGGCAUCUCAGAAAUCCGCCGCAUUGCAGCUUUGGCAGAGACCUACGACGUUGCCAUUGCCCCUCAUUGUCCGCUCGGACCAAUCGCUUUGGCAGCAAAUGUGCAAGUCGCAGCUACUGCUGCGAAUUUUGUGAUUCAAGAAAUGAGUCUUGGAAUACAUUAUAAUGCCGGGAGUCAAGAUCUCACGAGCUACACGCACAAUCCAGAAGUAUGGAAUGUGGAGGGAGGGUACAUUAAAUUGAUGCAAGGGCCAGGUCUUGGGAUUGAAAUUGAUGAAGAACAGGUGAAGAGGCUUUCUAAGGAGGCAGCGCCUUGGGUUAGUCCUACUUUCACGGGACCUGGAGGAGAGCUGAGGGAGUGGUAGAACGCGAUUUACUGGAUUCGUAGCAAUAAAACAAUAGGACUGUUUGGCUUCA